AUGACUACACUUAUACCUCGGGAGAAAUACACUGCUGACGAGCUCUCUCGUCUUUACCCAAAGGAGCUGGCGUUACAGCAGGUCCAAGUCGCUGGACUUUCGGCUAACUGGCCGUAUUGCAAUGCCGCACAGCAUCUUCGUAGUGUGAUCAUGUCAGCGAACGACUCAUGGGACGAGCUGGCCUAUAGACGAAGACUCGAAACUUUCGAUGAAAAAGAUGACUCUCCUGUUCUGUCCCAAGGCCGUGCUUCCACUCUGGCUUUGGGUCAGCGUCUACGCGGCUUGUACGUGGACCAGCUUGGGUUCAUGCCUGCCGUCUUGCAAGACGCGAAUCACAUGUACCUGCGAGCCACUCCUAUUCCAAGAGCUCUUGAGUCUGUACAGCAGACCUUCUAUGGAUUGUAUCCUCCUUCGUCUAGAGCUGCAGACUUCGUUCCGCCGACCAUCGUUCAGCGUCAACCUAGCCAUGAGACGCUCUUCCCUAACGAGGGUGCUUGUCGGCGUUUUGCCCAACUUAGUCAAGCCUUUGCUCAAAGAACUUCAGAUCGCUGGAAUGACUCGCAAGACAUGGCAUAUCUCAACAAGAUGAUCGGGAAAUGGAUGCCUGAAGAUUCACCUACCGUCAAGGUUGAUGGUCACCCAAGACUGAGUGGUAUCAUGGACACUGUCAAUUCGACUCUCGCUCAUCCCCAGGAAACCCGCUUACCGAAGGAGUUCUAUGACACCAAGGGCAGAGCGAUCAUCGACAAGAUCGGUAUCGGUGGACUAAUGGGCGAUGUUGUAAGUCGCAUGGUCGAAAGAACCAGAGCACCAACCACCAGCAACAGAGAUAUUCAAAUGGCACUGUCUGGUUGCCACGACACCACUUUAGCUGCUGUGCUCAGCAGCAUGGGCGCCUUCCAAGGCGAGCCUUGGCCUCCCUACACUAGCCAUGUGGCUAUUGAGUUGUUCAAGGAUCGUACGGCCUCCACGGCUGCCCAGCCUGCAAUCACCACGGGUAGUUGGUGGAGCUCGCUAUUUCCCGCCAAGAGCAUGUUGACUCCGGAUGCCUCUCCUCGCACACCCUUGUCAAACCUAUCCGAAUUCGACAAGCAAAAGCUGGACGGCUAUUACGUUCGGCUUCGCUACAAUGACCGCCCCAUGAAGGUUCCUGGGUGCAGACCAGCUGGAAAGCAUUAUGGCGAUGACGAGAGCUUGUGUACUCUCGAAGCCUUCAAGGGCAUCGUGGAUAAGUUCACACCCAAGAACUGGAAGCAGGCUUGUGGUGCCCGCCUGGGAGAGAAUGCGUUCCCCGAAAACAUCGAGCCUGCUGGUGUAUAA